CCACCCGCCGUACAUAUACAAAACAAAAUCCCCAAAUUCACAUACCACUCGUUCUUCGCAUCCACACACUCGUUCGUCAAAUUUCAUCUCAUAACAAACCCUAAUUUGUUGAAGAGUUGGAAACAUGGAUCCAGUGGAUUUGGAGAUCGCAAAGACACAAGAAGAAAGGAAGAUAAUGGAGGCAGCACUAGCACCAAACUCCAUUACUUUCGAUACUGAGCUUUACGAUGGAAACAAUCGGUUUCAGGAUUACAACAGGGAGAUUCCGACUAACGAUGACGAAGACAACACUGAUGCUAUGGAUAACGAGGUUGCAAGGAAGUUAGCCUCUUACACUGCUCCGAAAUCACUCUUGAAUGAUAUGCCCAGGGGCGGUGAUGAUGAGUCGUUAGGGUUUAAGAAGUCGCAAAGGAUUAUCGAUAGAGAAGAUGAUUACAGGAGGAGACGGUUGAAUCAGGUUAUUUCUCCGGAACGACAUGAUGCUUUUGCUAGCGGUGAUAAAACCCCCAAACCUGAAACACGAACGUAUGCUGAUGUCAUGCGGGAAGCCGCGUUGAAAAGAGAGAAAGAGGAGACAUUGAAAGUGAUUGCGAGAAAGAAGAAGGAAGAAGAGGAGAAUAAGGCGGCGGGGAAAGAUAAGGAAUCGGUUGCUGCACCGCCAGCUCAAAAACGGAGGAACCGAUGGGAUCAAUCGCAAGACGAUUCUGGUGCGAAGAAAGCGAAAACGGGUUCCGAUUGGGAUAUGCCGGAUUCAACUCCGGGAAUCGGAAGAUGGGAUGCGACCCCGACCCCGGGGAGAAUCGGUGAUGCGACCCCUUCAAUGUCUAGGAAAAACCGAUGGGAUGAAACUCCGACACCUGGUCGGUUAGCUGACUCAGACGCUACGCCAGGUGGCGGUGGAGUGACACCUGGCGCUACUCCGGCAGGUAUGACAUGGGACGCGACGCCAAAACUGUCUGGUCUUGCUACCCCGACACCGAAACGACAGAGGUCAAGGUGGGACGAGACACCAGCCACCAUGGGAAGUGCGACGCCUGGCGGUGCGACACCCGCAGCCGGUUAUACACCUGGCGUGACACCUGUUGGUGGGGUCGAACUAGCCACACCGACACCAGGUGCGAUAAAUCUCCGUGGUGCGAUCACACCAGAACAAUAUAAUCUAAUGAGAUGGGAGAAAGAUAUCGAAGAUAGAAACCGCCCAUUAACCGAUGAAGAACUUGAUGCGAUGUUUCCACAAGAAGGGUACAAGAUACUGGAACCACCUGCGUCUUAUAUUCCAAUUAGAACUCCCGCACGAAAGCUUCUUGCUACACCGACUCCGUUGGGAACACCGUUAUACGCCAUUCCUGAAGAAAACAGGGGUCAACAGUUUGAUGUCCCGAAAGAGAUGCCAGGUGGACUUCCGUUCAUGAAGCCGGAAGAUUACCAGUACUUCGGUGCGUUGUUGAAUGAAGAAGACGAAGAAGAUUUAUCUCCAGAUGAACAAAAAGAGAGAAAGAUCAUGAAACUGUUGCUUAAAGUCAAGAACGGGACCCCACCACAGAGGAAAACAGCAUUGAGACAGUUAACCGAUAAAGCCCGUGAAUUUGGUGCGGGCCCGUUAUUCAACCGUAUUCUUCCGUUACUUAUGCAGCCUACGUUAGAAGACCAAGAGAGACACUUGCUGGUUAAAGUUAUAGACAGAGUUCUUUACAAGCUGGAUGAGCUUGUUCGACCUUACGUUCAUAAAAUUCUCGUUGUGAUAGAACCAUUAUUGAUCGACGAAGAUUACUACGCCCGUGUUGAAGGUAGAGAAAUCAUAUCGAAUCUCAGUAAAGCAGCUGGGUUAGCAACUAUGAUAGCUGCUAUGCGUCCUGAUAUCGAUAACAUCGACGAAUACGUCCGAAACACAACCGCAAGAGCUUUUAGCGUUGUCGCAUCAGCACUCGGAAUCCCUGCUUUGUUACCGUUCCUGAAAGCUGUUUGUCAAAGUAAGAAGUCAUGGCAAGCUAGACACACAGGUAUUAAAAUCGUUCAACAAAUCGCUAUUUUAAUCGGGUGUGCGGUUCUUCCCCAUUUACGUUCUCUCGUCGAGAUUAUCGAACACGGGCUCAACGACGAGAAUCAAAAGGUUAGAACGAUUACCGCGCUGUCGCUUGCCGCACUUGCUGAAGCGGCUGCACCGUACGGUAUCGAAAGUUUUGAUUCAGUUCUUAAGCCGUUGUGGAAAGGUAUCCGGUCCCACCGUGGGAAGGUUUUGGCUGCGUUUUUGAAAGCGAUUGGUUUUAUUAUUCCGUUAAUGGAUGCCAUUUAUGCUAGUUACUAUACGAAAGAAGUUAUGGUUAUUUUGAUUCGUGAGUUUCAAUCUCCUGAUGAAGAAAUGAAGAAAAUCGUGUUGAAAGUGGUGAAACAGUGUGUGAGUACUGAAGGUGUUGAAGCGGAUUACAUUCGAAGUGAUAUUCUUCCAGAAUUUUUCCGAAACUUUUGGGUUAGACGAAUGGCGUUGGAUCGAAGAAACUAUAAGCAACUUGUUGAAACAACGGUUGAGAUCGCAAAUAAAGUCGGUGUUCCCGAUAUUGUAGCGAGAAUAGUUGAAGAUCUGAAAGAUGAAAGCGAACCUUACAGAAGAAUGGUGAUGGAAACAAUUGAAAAGGUUGUAGCAAAUUUAGGUGCGUCAGAUAUCGAUUCCCGUUUAGAAGAGCUUUUAAUCGAUGGUAUUCUGUACGCGUUUCAAGAACAAACUAGCGAUGAUGCAAACGUCAUGCUUAACGGGUUCGGUGCGGUGGUCAACUCUCUUGGUCAAAGGGUGAAACCAUACCUUCCUCAAAUUUGUGGUACGAUUAAAUGGCGUUUAAACAACAAAAGUGCGAAAGUGCGACAACAAGCUGCAGAUCUGAUUUCGAGAAUUGCGGUGGUUAUGAAACAAUGUCAAGAAGAACAACUCAUGGGACAUCUCGGUGUCGUUUUGUACGAAUAUUUAGGUGAAGAAUAUCCCGAGGUUUUGGGUUCGAUUUUGGGUGCGUUGAAAGCAAUCGUGAAUGUUAUCGGUAUGACGAAAAUGACUCCACCAAUCAAAGACUUGCUUCCACGUUUAACUCCGAUUUUGAAAAAUCGUCACGAAAAGGUGCAAGAAAACUGCAUUGACUUAGUGGGCCGUAUUGCUGACCGUGGUGCGGAGUUUGUCCCUGCUCGUGAGUGGAUGCGAAUCUGUUUCGAGCUGCUUGAAAUGCUAAAAGCCCAUAAAAAAGGAAUCCGUCGAGCUGCCGUGAACACGUUUGGUUACAUCGCGAAAGCCAUCGGACCACAAGACGUCUUGGCCACCCUUCUAAACAACCUUAAAGUCCAAGAAAGACAAAACCGUGUCUGCACAACCGUUGCUAUCGCAAUCGUUGCAGAAACAUGCUCGCCGUUUACGGUUUUACCCGCGUUGAUGAACGAGUAUCGUGUACCCGAGCUAAACGUGCAAAACGGUGUUUUGAAAUCGUUAUCGUUUCUCUUCGAGUACAUCGGUGAAAUGGGUAAAGAUUAUAUCUACGCUGUUACUCCGUUACUUGAAGACGCACUUAUGGACCGGGACCUGGUUCACCGACAGACCGCAGCGUCAGCGGUUAAGCACAUGGCUCUGGGUGUGGCGGGCUUGGGCUGUGAAGACGCGUUGAUCCACUUACUGAACUACGUCUGGCCCAACAUCUUUGAAACGUCACCGCAUGUUAUAAACGCUGUGAUGGAAGCGAUCGAGGGGAUGCGUGUGGCGCUCGGUGCGGCCGUGGUGCUUAACUACUGUUUGCAGGGUUUGUUUCAUCCCGCACGGAAGGUUCGAGAAGUUUAUUGGAAGAUUUAUAACUCGCUUUAUAUUGGUGCUCAAGAUGCGCUUGUGGCAGCUUAUCCUAUGCUCGAGGAUGAAGGGGAUAAUAUCUACAGUCGGCCGGAGUUGACCAUGUUUGUCUGAGGUUCCUGGUGCACACGGUUAAAUAGGCGCGGGUGAGUCAACUAUGGUGAACAAGAAGAGGUAACUUGAAACUCAUAUUUGAUAGCUAAAUGCAAGAUUCAUACCAUAAUGUUUUCCGUUUUUUUCGUCUUUUAAUAGCUACCUUGACGGUAUCCCAUCGGGAAUCGGUUAUUUUGCUCGUCUAUGCUUGUAAACUGUGUAGGAUUUGCAUGUCAUAGUCGAUGAUAUGAUUUAUGACUCGUGCUGUUGUAGUAGAACAAGUUUAACAGUUCACUUGUAGGACGCUUGGAUAGUUAUUUUGAAGUGGUUUUCAAGUUAACAUGGCGUAACUGCUAAAAAAGGCAAUCAGAACCUUUUGGUUUUACUGGUUUUAA